CAGGUGGAAGUGACAUUUUUAGGGUCCUCCGUUACGUGUCUCAGCCACCUCCUGACAUCCUUAGGAGACGGCUUUUUUCCUUAUGUAUCAGGAUAUUUUUGUUAUGAGGUAUACUGAGAUGAAAAAAAGCUGGUAAAAAUACCAGCCUCGCAAUUAAAUUGACUCUGGAUACCAAGUGAAAAUAAUCAUCUGGUAUUAAUCAGAUUUGUUGGUGUUAAUGCAUCUGACAUAAACUAUUCAGCCGGCCGCUAUGACCCUUCCGUCAAGACCCCCUUUGACGCAAGUUUCGAAGGUGUAGGCGAGGUGGUGGCCUUGGGCCUCUCCCCCAGUGCCACAUUCACAGUUGGCCAGGCUGUGGCUUACAUGGCACCUGGCUCUUUUGCCGAGUACACAGUGGUGCCUGCCAGCAUGGCCAUUCCCGUGCCGGCCAUGCAACCCGAGUGCCUCACCCUCCUGGUGAGUGGUACCACGGCCUACAUGAGCCUGAAAGAGCUUGGAGAACUAUGAGAAGGGAGGAAAGUUCUGGUGACCGAGGCAGCUGGGGGGACCGGCCGGUUUGCCGUCCAGCUUGCAGAGAAGGCCAAGUGCCAUGUAACUGGAACUUGCUCUUCUGAUGAAAAGUCUGCCUUUCUGAAAUCUCUUGGCUGUGAUCGUCCCAUCACCUAUAACGGCGAGCACGUGGGUGCUGUCCUGAGGCAGGAGUACCCCCAAGGUGUGGACGUGGUGUAUGAAUCCGUCGGGGGAGCCAUGUUUGACUCGGCUGUGGACGCCUUGCCUACCAAAGGGCUCUUGAUAGUAAUUGGGUUUGUCUCUGGCUACCAGACUCCUACAGGCCUGUCCCCUGUGAAAGCAGGAACACUACCAGCCAAACUGCUGAAGAAAUCUUCCAGCGUCCAGGGCUUCCUCUUGAACCAUUACCUUUCUAAGUAUCCAGCCGCCAUGGACCACUUGCUUAAGAUGUAUGCAAGUGGGGAGCUGGUUUGUAAGGUCGACCUUGGAGGUCUGUCUGCAGAGGGCAGGUUUACCGGCCUGGAGUCUGUCUUCCGGGCCGUCGAUUAUAUGUACAUGAGAAAAAACACUGGAAAAAUUGUUGUUGAAUUACCUCAUUCUGUCAACAGUAAGCUGUAAAAACAGAACAAUGGCAUAAAUAAAAGGAGAAAGAAAAUGGACAUUUUA